AUGUCGACGCGGGCGCUGCCUCUCGUCUUCAUAAACCUCGGAGGGGAAAUGCUUUACAUUUUGGACCAGCGUUUACAGAGCAGCAACACGACUGAAGACGGAUCUGAAAAAGGGCUGUGGACAGAGGGAGACCGCCGGAGAGUGCUGAAUGACAUCGUGGGGACAUUGUUCAGUAAAGCUUUCUUGGACGAGCUGUUUAAACCUCAGCAGUUGUAUUCUCACAGAACCAUGAAGACGGUUCUGUCCAGACUGGCCCAAGGAUCCAUCAUGAGACUCAACCCAGCCUCCAUGGACCGGUUGUAUGAGUUGAUGGUGAUGGGGCUGAAGUACCAGGUCUGGCUCUGCCCUCGGCCCAAAGACCUGCUCCUCAUCUCCUACAAUCACCUGGACUCCACCAAAAAGCUGGUCCAAGACACGCCCACAAUCCUGAACCAGGUCCACGAAGCCCACCGCAGGGUCAUAGAGGCGUACACGAGUCUGUCUCCAGGAGAACUGCAGCUGCUCAGACACACUCUGCUCAACUUCUUUGAGGACUUCCACAUCAGAGUUUCUUUUUUCCUGAAAACUCAGAUCCAGAAUCCCAACGGGCGUUUUGUCCUGGGCACAAGUGGACCAGUGCCUCAAGGAGUCCAGGUCCCAGGACUCAUCAGAGUAUUGGACUGCAGAGGCCGAGAGCUGCGGCGCUGGGAGUUUCCUACAGGGGGCGACUACACCAGCGCGAUCAGAGAGGGAAGUUUUGAUCUGUACGGAGACAGAGUCCUCAAACUGGGCUUAAACAUAUACACAAUGGUGAACCCUGAGGAGACACACACCUCCAAAACUCCAGCUGCAAAGACUGAGUCCAGACCAAACCUGCUGGCCAAAGAGGAGCUGAACCUUCUGUCACGGCUCAUGGGGACCCUCAAGUCCCAGUCCCAGUCCCAGUCCGAGUCUGGGUCUAGACCUGGUCCAGAGAAGAGUUUUAGGAUCAACCUGUUCCCCAGCGACCAAGAGGAGGAUGAGGCAGGAGCCGUGGGAGGAGCCGAGGAGCCGUGGAGCGGAGUCAUCAACAUCCAGGCCUCGCAGGACGUGGGGGCGUCCUCAGAGUUGGCUCACAUCUUGGGACAGUUCACAGAAAAACAAGAAAAACAAGAAAGUGAAACCUGCAGUAAAGGAGACGAGCUGCUGGCCCUCAUGGACCAACUGGGCUGA